GAAAGCACCUGGACUGACUACCUGUCUGUCUAUCUAUCUACACACCGGUGACUGCACGCCUGACUGGGGCUCUACCAAGCAUGCAACAGUCUGGUCGUCUAAGGCUGCGGCCGUGGCUAGAGGAGCAGAUCCAGUCAGGGAAAUAUCCAGGAGUCAGCUGGCUGGACCAGUCAGCACAAGUCUUCCAAAUCCCUUGGAAACAUGCAGCUCGACAUGGCUGGAGUAUCGACCAAGAUGCAACACUGUUCAGGAGCUGGGCCAUGCACACUGGGCGGUACCAUCCCGGCAAAGACAAGCCAGACCCAAAGACAUGGAAGGCUAAUUUCCGCUGUGCCCUGAACUCUUUGCCUGAUAUUUGUGAGCUGCGGGAGCACAGCAGGAAGAGAGGCAGCAAUGCCUACAGGGUCUACAGGAUGCUGCCCAACAUGCAAACACACAGGCGCAGGAGAGGACUGCGAUCGUCCAGAAAUCCCAGAGAAACACAAAUGAGUCCUGGAGCAUCAGGAGAUGAUGACACACACAUUUCACAGCCCACCACAGCAAAACACACUUCAGACUCAACAAGAACCUUAAACCCAUCAGAGAAGGUGGCGAUGCCUGCAGAAGAUAUACACGGCAACACUCUGACACAUGGGCUGUGGGAGGCCAGGCCAGAUGACCAGGAGCAGACUGAGGCUGUCUUUAAGUUGAUGGACCAUUUGAACAGUACUGAACUCUGGAACCACACCGGAGAGCAGAAAGGGUGGAGAGCACAGACACUCUGCUGGGACCACUGGCACUGUGCUGGUGACGACUACCUCUGCACCUUGCAUGCAGAAAGCUAUGCACACUGGGCAGAAAGCAGCGAUCUGUUGGGUCAAAGCUACAUCAAGGAGCUCUCUGAUUGGUCCACACUUCAGCAAACACUGACCCCAUAGCUCUGCAACGAACAGCAACCACCAAACCUUCUGAUUUACAGAAGUCAUUCGUCCCACCAGAGGAUGAUUGUGGACAGUAA